UUUCUUCUGUAUUGCUCUAGAGCUCUGUUAUUGUAACAAAAUAUAGUUUUGAAACGUUUGACCGUUGCCAGAGCCUUAUCACAAGCCUUGAGUAUCCCUUUAAGUAACAGUAGAACAGCUCACCACCAUUAACGCGAUCGUUUGUUGUGUGGUUAAAGAAAGAACGCGUAGAAAAAUCUGAAGGCUGAGUGGAGAGGUUGUGACUGCGCAAACAUUAAACUAAGUUUUUCAGUCGUUUCUUGUUUUCUGUUUAGGAAGCCGAAGGACGUGUGAUCAGUGCGCCACCUGGCACCAGCCAGUAAACUGUUAACUUUCUGGGGCCAGUAAACGUAUUCAGCAGCACUUUAUGUCUCGCUUUCCUUCCAUUGUAAACUCGGCAGAGCAAUUACACAGACACUAUAGCAUGAAAGUAAAAACGAUCGUCGCCAUACUGCACGCACCACACAAACAAGGAGACCCACAGGACGAGGGGAGGACAGAUGGCAGUCAGGCGCCGCCAUUUGUUUGCAGAAAAUCUUGGAGCGGGUCUACGUCACUAGUGACACCGCUACAGCUUACCUGCUACACCACAUGGCUGAGAGAGAGAGAGACAGAGAAAGAGACAGACAGAGUGAGUAAAAGGAGAUCAAAGACAGUUGACUAUAUAAGUACCAGCAGGUCCACGUCUGUAUCUGUAUCGUCAUCGACUGACUCAGAACCUGACGGCAGCCAUGACACUUGUCCUCAGCAUCCUUGUGUUCGCCUCGCUUCUGCCAGCUUUGACUGCGAAAGGUACCGUUUACACACGUUGGGGAAACAGUGGGUGUGGUUAUACAGCAGCGACUGUGUAUUCAGGCUAUAUGGGCGGCAGUUGGUACACCGAUCCCGGAGCUGGAGCCAACUACCUGUGUCUACCACCCAAUCCCGAGACAAGUAACAUAGAGAGACCUAGCGACUAUUCCCACCUGGGCGGCACCGAAUACAAAGUGUCGAACCGGCCAGAGAGAGACCAGGAUGCUCUGUGUGCCGUGUGCUUCGUCGACGACCGUAGUACCAACAUCAUGGUACCCGGCACAAACAAGUGUCCGUCUGGGUGGAGCUCCGAGUACACGGGUUUUCUAAUGAGCGGGUACCGCGGACACGGAGCGUCAACGGAGUUCAUCUGUGUGGACAGCAAAAUGGAAAGUCGCGUCGGCUCAGGCACUGACCAGGGUGGCAGGCUGCUGUACAUGGUGGCUAGCAUCUGUGGCAGUCUACCCUGUCCACCUUACCUCGAUAAGAACAUCCUGCAAUGCGUUGUUUGCACCAAAUGAGAGACUAUUUAAUUUAUUUGAGCAAGCCAACAAGAAGGUCUCUACAGUGCGUUCUCCUCCGCUAUGAUCCGAUCAGACUAAAGGUUAAUUAUAACUUUCUUUGAUUUGCUUUGCGUUUCUUUCUGAGGUUAGGCUAAAAAUGCAGCUUUGAGAUCAUUGUUAACAUUUUCUGCAUUAGAAAGCACAGGAAAUUUCUUGUCAUGUUUAUUGGUUUCUGUAAAACUGUUAGAAGUUUUAGCUUCCCGCCAUGUUUCAACAGUGCUUCUCACAAUAAAUGCUGUGGAAAUUCACUUUCUCCUACUCUCUACAAAUAAAACAAUUUA